GUUAGACUGAAUGUCUCUGUCAGUGACGAACCCGGUUUACAAAAGUGUUAAUUUAACGUUGCUUCGCUAACGGUGAAACCUACCGACAUCUGAGGACACAGCCUAACAACUGCUGCUAUCACUCAUCAAUUCGGCUUGCAUUCAAACUCACUGCCCCCCUUUAAAACCUGAAAGUGAAAGCUCUUUCUAGCUCAGCUUGACUGGAUAAUAUCUAACAUAAUGUGUGUUUGCACAAACUCGGGUGAUCCGUUUGAUAUAUUCACGUGUUUCAGUGACCCACCUGCAGGAACAAAGACCAGAUGUUGGAAAAAUGAUGUUUUAUUUAAACAUUUGCGUGUCAGUAAUCUCAGCUGGUCUUCUUCAGACACUUCAGUCAAUCAAGCAACACUUACAGUAUAAUCUCAGAUGACCAGUUUCCUGUCUCUGAGCCGGCGGCUGGAGGAGCAGCUGAACUCCCUGAAGAGGAGGAGCGGCACAAAUAUGAGCCGAGUGUGGAGGACAGCCGGGCCUGGGCCUCCUCUGCCACACCGAGGAACCGAUGGAGGAUCAGGAACAUCUCACAGAACCGGAUUAUGAAGCAGCAUCAAGGUUAUUGCCUCCCACAGUUCAGUCUGACAGGAGGAAGCCUGGCAGGCCUCGGAUCAGUGAACCACAGGACCACGUAGACCUCAGGAUCCGCAUCCUGGAGGACUCUCGGAUUGAAGUGCUCUCUGCCAGCGUGUAUAAGAAGUACCCGCUGCAGGAGCUGCAGUGUCCUCGUGGCCUGCAGGAGGCGGACUUCCUGGACCUGCUGAGGUCCACCUUCCCUCAGCUGGCUGCUGAGAAACCUUUUGACGUCUUCACGACUGACAGAAGGAAGAGACUCCAGCCUCUGAAGGUAAAGACGCUGACACCAGAGGAGAUCUACGGGUUCACUGGGCAUUCAGCCCUCUACAUCCGGCUGAAGCCAAUAGAAUCAAACAAGGCUUCAGCCAAUGACGUUUUCACUUUCACCACAAAUCCUGCUCCGACCAACCAUCCAGAGCUUGUUUCAUUCACACGAGGGGAACUGACGUCCGCUGAUGAAGAGUUUGUUCCAUCACAGAGAAACGAUGCUGCUGCUGAUCCUCCACCCACUCCUGAUCAAAACAGGUUAUUGUCAACCAGAGUUCAGUCUGACAGGAGGAAGCCUGGCAGACCUCGGAUCAGUGAACCACAGGACCACAUAGACCUCAGGAUCCGCAUCCUGGAGGACUCUCAGACUGAUGUGCUCUCAGCAAGCGUGUAUAAGAAGUACCCGCUGCAGGAGCUGCAGUGUCCUCGUGGCCUGCAGGAGGCGGACUUCCUGGACCUGCUGAGGUCCACCUUCCCUCAGCUGGCUGCUGAGAAACCUUUUGACGUCUUCACAUCCGACAGGACGAGGAGACUCCAGCCUCUGAAGGUAAAGACGCUGACACCAGAGGAGAUCUACAGGAGCAUCAGGCUGACUGGAGCCGGAAACUCUGCCCUCUACAUCCGACUGAAGGGGGAACAAACGUUACAGACCGGAGAGGAUCCCCAGACCAGCAGCCAAGACCUUCAUCCUCUACAGAGACAAGAUGAUGCCACCAAAGAUUCUCCAUCCAGCUCUGCCACGAUGUCAGCUGAUGAAACACAACCUUUCACCGGGUUAUUGUCUCCCAGAGAUUCGUCUGAGAGGAGGCGGCGUGGCAGACCUCGCCUCGGAGAAGAACCGACUCACCACUUCCUCAAAGUCUGCAUGCUGGAAGAUUCCCAGUCAGACGUUCUCUCAAAAAAAGUGUUACUGAAAUCCUCCAUACAGGAGGUGAGGUGUCCUCGUGGCCUGCAGGAGGCGGACUUCCUGGACCUGCUGAGGUCCACCUUCCCUCAGCUGGCAGGAGACAACAAACCUCUAGACGUCUUCAAGUCCGACAGGAGCAGGAGACUCCAGCGGCUCAAAGUGAAGACGCUGACACCGGAGGAGAUCUACAGGAGCAUGAAGUCCACCGGGGUGGAAAAGACGCUCCUCUACAUCCGACUGAAGACAGGAGAGGAGGAGGAGGAGAAAGAAGAGCUCCACCUUUUACAGAGAAACCACGAUGGCACCAGUGAUUCUACAUCCACUGCUGUGGUGAUAAAAAGUGAUGAAGCCGGGCUCAGCUCAAGCAGCCCUGUUCAACAUGUGGACGUUCUGUCCAGCAGCUCAACAUCACAGCAACAGGACAAAGAGGAAGCUGAUGAUGAAGAUGCUGCUGAGAGCCAAGUGGACUCCAGCGAUGGAGAUGACGCAUUUGAUGGAGACGACGACUGGAAACCCGAUCCUGAGCAGCAGUCGUCAAAGAUGAGGCGGAAGCGAGGGGCCAAAACGUCUGGUGUGCCGGAGAAGUUGAUUGCGAACAAAAAAACGCCCUGUAAAGUCUGUGGAGUUUGGUACAGGAUACUGGGCAGUUUGAUCAAACACGCCUGGAGUCACGUGGAGGAACCACAGUGUGUCUGUGGAGUGUGCGGAGAGCAUUUUGUAUCUGUGGACGAGUUAAAGGGACAUCUUAGAAAUUAUCAAAAAACUCACGACUGUUCAUAUUGUGGAAAGUCUUUCUUCACCAUCACUGGCCUCAACUCCCACACCACACUACACACAGGAAACAGGCCAUUUAAAUGUGAUGUUUGCCACAAAACCUUUGCUCACAUGUCCACCUUGAGCGUUCACCGUUGGGUCCACGUGGCAGAUAAACCACACAAGUGUGAUAUUUGCCCGAAAGCGUUCGGUCUGAAGGCGCAGCUCAGAGCUCACAGCAAGGUGCACACAGGUAGAGACAAGUACCACUGCAAUGUUUGUGGUAAAUCUUUCUACGACCUGCGAUCUUUAACCCGCCACAAGACGACUCACUCGGGGGAGAGGCGUUACGGCUGCGAGGUUUGCGGGAAGCGUUUCAAACUUCCCGGCACGCUGAAGUCACACGAGAAGAUCCACACCUCCAGAGACCGGCCGUACCUCUGCCACAUCUGCUGCAAAACCUUCCUGUCAAACUGCGGUUUAACAACUCACAUGAAAACACACAGCAACGAGAGGCCGUUCAUCUGCGUCACAUGUAGCAAAGGCUUCAUAUCCAACGGCGAGCUGAAGGCGCACAUGCGCGUGCACACCGGCGAGGCGCCGUACGGCUGCUCGGACUGCGGUCGCUUCUUUAAACGCAAGACUCACCUGACCAACCACGUGAGGAGCCACCUGGGCAUCAAACUGUUUGUCUGCGGGGUUUGUGGGAAAGCGUGCUCCCGCCAAGAACACCUGACGGUCCACAUGAGGACCCACAACGGGGAGAGACCGUACCAGUGCACUGUCUGCGACAAAGCCUUCACUCAGAGCCACUGUCUGAAAACACACAUGAGGAGCCACCAGGGGGAAGAAGACCCGUUCCUGAACGCACCCACGUCCUGAGGGGGCGAGGUAUCGAACCUUGACAACAUCAUGUGUCCCUAACACACUAUUCUUUGAUCACACUAUUGCUGAUAUAAAAUCUUUUUCCAGUUUUUAUUAAGUUCUUUAAACAGCUGCUUGUGUUUAGACAUUUAAUAUUUGAGAACGUUGGCUUCUUUGGUUAAAUGGUAAAAAAAAAAAAUCCUCAAAGUAAGUCAGUGAACAAAAUGUUCUAGUACCAAAAUUGAAGUACUAACAAACGAUACCAGAGCCGAACAUAUUGUGAUGUGAUUUUUGUUUUUGCUGAGGUCUGGAGAACCACCACGAUGCUUCAUUUAUUUACUGGUAUGUUGUGACACAUUUUACCUUCAUCAAAACAUUGCAGCUGCUGCGAUUUAUCGUUCAGCCCUACUUUUUGAUUUAAACAAAAAUUCAUUAUUAAAUUAGUCAAUCAACAGUUUUUUAACCAUUUGUUAUCGAAAUUCAAGUAUUGUAUUUGCGUUAGUAUUUUAGAUUUUCAAGCGAUACCCAGGCCUACUUUUCAAUAGGAAAGUAAAAUCAAGACGUGCUGAAACAAUCAAUUAGUCGAUUAUUAAAAUUAUUUUCUGUCAAUCAAUCAUUUGUUGCCAGUAAGCCAUCAUUCUCAUUUACUACGUUUGUGUUUUACAUCAUUGUAAAACUAAAGAUAUUUGAGAUUUGGCCAAAACAGUGACAUUUUAUAGACUAAAUGAUCAACAGACAAAAUCAUCUGUUGUAGCUCAAAAAAAAAGUUUUAGUCUGAUUAUUAGGAGUUGCCUCUGUUGUGCUGAUUCCAGGGUCGUAGCACUGAGCAGUCCUGUACUGUAUCUGAUCUGGCAGCUUUGUAAGAAGUAGAGCCGUGUUGUACUUCAUGUCGUAUUUACUGCUUUCAGCUCAUGUAAAGUCCACUCUUGUAAACAUGAGUCCUUGUUAAACUUUGUUGUGUAGAAGGUGACGUCGUGGUGGCUUUUCAUGAAGAUUAAAUCUCAAAUGCUAACUGUACAGUGGUAUAUUUCUUACAUUUUUACUUGAUUUCUUGGAGUCUUAGUUUAAUGUUUCCACUGCUGCCAUGAAACCUUCUGUUUUUAAUGUUGCAUUCAGGGUAAAUGGGAUGUUUCCUCAAACUGAGUAGUUUUAAAUGGACUUAAUUAGCCCUUAAACUCCGUGUGAUAAUUCCUACAAAAUGUUUUGGUAUCUUGAUGAAUGUGACAACAGAACAACUCCAAAUCCCAUGUGCUCCUGAAUGCAGCAUAUGGUGCCUUAAAGUGCAUGUUAUUAUUCAACUAUUAACAGCAAGUAUCCUGGUUUUACAUUUUUACUUCUGCAACAAAAUUAAGCGCAUACUGCUUACAUACUGUACUUCACUGUAAAAAAACAAAAACAAAAUGUGGGCCUGCUUGUUUGCUAUGCUACAUGUGUGACCAAAAUAAACUACAUUCUGUGAAAAA